AUGUCCUUCUUUUCCUGCAGAAACAAAGUUCAAGAUUUCACGCCCUCUAAAAAAGCAACGCUCAGCCAAGUGUCACUUGCGGAUGUGUCAACAGCAUCUGCAGUUGUAGGAUUUUGUCACGCUGACCCCCUGUCCAAAGCGGGGAAGAGAAGGCAGCUGAUGCGCAUGACCUUUCUUAUCUUUAUCCCGAUCGCUGGUGUAAUUGCAUUUGCGUCCAUUCAGUUGAAUGACACCAUCGUGCAAGAAAGGCUUUUGUACGACAUCCACACAAAAUUGAGCGAAUGCCAGUUUGUUGGGGAUUUGAUCCACGCACUACAAUUAGAAAGGGCCGAGUUCGUGUACUUUUACGGCAGUCAGAAAAAUGUGUCAGAUGACAACCUCCAGUCGAGUUACAACUACACGAACAAGGUUUUGUCCAGAAUUGAAAACAUCGUGGCAUGUGGGACAAACUCCUCUGGGAGAAAAACGAUUGAUUUGCAAAAAGAUCUUUUAACUUUUCGAAGCCAGGUGGACUCUAACUUAUCCAACGUCUCACAACGUGUCACGUUUUAUGACGAGAUUAACAAUGAGUUUCUUAACAAUAUUGCAGACGAAAUAAAAGCGACAACAGUUGAGUCUCUGUGGAAUUUGCUCUUAGCGUAUAAAAUGAUAUUACGAUCCAAGGAAAACUUCGGCAUCACAAUUGUCUCAGGGAUCAAAUACUUCAUAGAUGGCGACAACGACCAGCCUGAUCAUAAUAAGUUUCUGUCUAAUUUGGCGCUUGGACAGGACCAUUACGAGACGUUCCUCCAAUACUCUUCACCUGUGAGUUACAGGUAUGACGACAUUAUUAAAAAUAACGAUCGCUUGAUAACCCAGUGGGACCAUCACAUGACAUCGAUCGAGUCCCGGAAUCUGUCUUCGGCUUCAAAGGAAAUGGCUGACGAUUUCUUUAAUGUUUCUCUUCAGUAUCUCGUUUUCUUACGGGACAUAAAAGAAAGCAUAAAAUCCGUCAUUGAAGACAGCAUAGAUGAAAACAUUUCGGCUGCGAAUGGCAGUCUGGUCGUCGCUGCUGUGAUCUUUUUCUGCGUGGCUAUCGUAUCGUGUAUCUUGUUUGCCAUCAGCUACAGUCUCACGAAAAGUCUGCAGAACUAUGCACGGGACGCCUCCAUGAAGUCAAACGAAUUAAAGAAGGAAAAGAAAAAAUCCGACAGAUUAUUGUACCAGAUGUUACCGAAAGAGGUCGCCUUGCAGUUGAAAAUGCGGCGGAAGGUCACGGCUGAAUACUUCGACAGUGUCACCAUCUAUUUCAGUGACAUCGUCGGCUUCACCACUAUUUCGGCCGCUAGCACGCCCAUGGAUGUCGUUGUUUUCCUCAACAAGCUUUACCAGUUUUUCGACGACUACAUCGACCUGUACGAGGUCUACAAGGUGGAGACGAUCGGAGACGCUUAUAUGGUGGCCAGCGGCCUGCCACAUCGCAACGGGAAGAAUCACGCUAUGGAAAUUGCUCUACUCUCAUUGUGUCUGCUCAAGGGGAUCAACAGCUUUGUCAUUCCGCACGUCAGACCGGAAAUUAAAGUACGCAUUGGCCUUCAUACAGGUUCUUGUGUGGCCGGAGUGGUGGGGAACAAAAUGCCACGGUACUGUUUGUUUGGCGAUACCGUCAACACCGCGUCACGGAUGGAGUCCAACGGAGAAGCAUUGAAAAUCCACAUCAGUAUGCAGACACGUGACGCUCUGGAGGAAAUUGGAAAGUUCAACAUUAAAUCACGUGGUGUUAUUGAUGUCAAGGGAAAAGGGAGAAUGGAAACAUUUUGGCUCGAGGGGACUGACCACCCACUUCGGGAGCUUGGAACCGAUACAACGGCUCCAUUCUCAGUCAAUCCUUCGUAUUCAGCGGCGGUUUCGUUUCCAGGAACAGCGGUUCUGUUAAUGGAUAUAGAUGAGUAA